CGAUUCUCGUUUCGAGGUUAGGUUCCACUUGGUCCCGCUGUAUUGUUUACAUCGAGUGGCUUCCCGAGAAGGCGAGAACAGCACGUGCCGAAGCAGCGUCAACGAACGUUUUACACUCGCAUAUCGCUUCGAAUUGACAAGCUGUCACGAUGCUGUCCUGGGAAUCGACCGACAAGAGCAUCAAGAAGAGCGUGUUGAAACGGGGUGUGUUUAGCAAGAAACCUACGGAACGCUCGACGUGUAACGUCAUUGUGGAGAACGUGAGUGUCACGGGAGCUUCGGACGAGGACCUGAGAGGAAAGUAUCACACGGAAAUUUUGCUCGGCGAGGGUGAGAAGGUGGUGGUCGUGGGUGACGCGAGCGCGGAAAUCGAUCGGAAAGUCGAGAGAGCGUUACAGAUGAUGAACGUGCACGAGAGGAGUCUCGUUACCCUCGCUCUGCCUGUAGUAGAGCAAGGCGAUGUCGGUGGCGAGCUGGUGACGGUCAGAUUUGAGAUCACGUUGAGCAAAUGCGAACGUCACAAGCCCAUCUGGGAAUGGAGCGCGGGGGAGAAGUACCAGGUGGCUUUGAGGUACAAGGAGAGAGGCGUCGAGCUGUUCAGGGACUCCAGGAUUGUAGACGCGUUCCACGAGUUCAGCAGAGCCUGCAAGAUUCUGAUAACGCUGGAGCCGAUACCAGAUCCGGACUUGAAACUGGAGGAGCAGUUGGAGUCUGAUAUUAAAGGUCUGAGACUCGCGCUGUACAAUAACAUGGCAAUGUGUCAGCUGAGUCGGAAGAACUACGAGCAUGUAGUGUCGCUGUGCACCAAAGUACUGGACAGAGAUCGGAAUAACGUCAAGGCUUUGUACAGGAGAGGAAUGGCACACGGCAGUAUGAGGGACAACGAGAAAGCCGUGGCGGACUUGAAGGUCGCGCUUAUUUUAGAGCCCAGUAACUGCGCUGUGAAAGAGCAGUUCAACAAUUAUAACUCUAAAUUACACGAAUCGAUUCAGAGGAGGAACGAUAUGGUGAGACGAAUGUUCAAGACUUAACUGGUUAGGUACUGGUAAUCCCGUACGUGCUGUACUUAAAUAGUGUAAUAUAUAAGGAUUCAGUUAUUUAAGGAAUAAACUAGACUUAUUUCGUAGAUAGAAAAA